AUGUACGGCGUGGACGACCUGAUGGCUCAUCGCGCCCGCCAGCAUCACGGCGUGGACCUGACCGGCGUCCUGCCAGCACGGCUCACGGGCGGCGCCUUCGCUGUCUGGCUGCAGAUGCCAGAGGCAUCGCGGGACUCCGCGGACGCCGUGCGCGACGCAUUAGGCGCCUCCAUGAGACCCGACGACGGGUUUGGCGAGACGCCCACUGCGACGCUGCUGGACGUGCGCAUAGUGGUUAAUAGCAAGGACCGUCGAGUGACGCUCGAGGUCCUGGUAGUGCCGGACCGACCGCUGGGUGUUGACAUCAUGCUCGGCAUGAGUGGCAUCACUGCCCUGGGAGGCAUCAGCAUGCAGACGCCGACAGAUGUGCGGUUCUGUGCGGCGGCAGCUGUGACCCAGCGAGGCCUGGAGGUGGACGCAGUCGACUUUACGUGGACGGACGGCACAGGUCCAGAAUGUCUACGCAACUUGGUGGCCGAGUAUCCUGUGUCCGUGGACGCGCGGCAGGCGUACGACGCGGAGAUCGACGCAUGGAUCAACAAGGGCUGGCUGAUGCCGUACGACAAACAGGUGGAUGGACCGCCGCACGGUCUGGUGCCGCUGAUGGCGGUACGGCAGGCGAAUCAGGAUAAGGUGAGACCUCUCCUGGACUAUCGCGAGCUCAACAGCUUCGUGAUGGCCCACACGGCGGGCGCGGACGUCUGCGCCGACCAGCUCCGAAAGUGGCGGCGACAUGGGACACGCGUCGCUGUGGUGGACCUGCGCAAAGCGCACCUGCAGCUGCGCCUGGAACGCCGACUGCGGCCCUACCAGACGGUCAUGGACAUCGUGAGCGCAGACCGCGUGGUGCGUCACUUCGCUCGCUUCGGCCUGACUUGCAAAGCGCCGGAGCGUGAAGCGGACGGCGCGCGCCUGCUCGGCCUGCGCGUGCAGCUGGUGGAUGGGAAACUGCACUGGUCGCGCGACAAUGGCGUCGCUGCACCACCGGAGCAGACGGCAGAUAUACCGAGGACGAACGACCCGGCCCGCGGCUCGUGGCGCCUGACAGGUGAAAAGGUCAUCGUUUGGACGGACGCCAGCGCCAUUGCUGCAGGUGUGGUUAUCGAGAGCCCAGACGACGGUGUGGUCCAGGAUGCCUGCUGGCUGCGCCCUGAAACCGCGACGUCAACACACAUCAACAUGGCGGUGUGCGGGAUCAACCAGGCCAUCGCCUGGGGGAUGGAGAUCGUCGACCUCCGCACUGGCUCCGCUACGGUCCAUCGGUGGAUUGACGACGUGCUGAGUGGCCGCGCGCGCCUCCGCACCAAGGCGCAUGGCGAAAUGCUGAUUCGACGGCGCAUUGACGUCAUCCGGCAGUUGGUGGAUGAGCUGAGCCUGACGCUGACAGUCGCGCUGGUGCGGACGGAUGAAAACCUAGCGGAUACUCUGACCCUUGUCCCAAAGGAAUGGCUGCGCGGGACUCAGGUAGACGACGGUGUGCCAGCUAGGAUCCUAGCACGCACCGGGGGUGCAGGUGCCGUGGGAUGUGACGAGAGCAUGCGCAUCGGCUCCAGGGCGGCAGCUGCCGCCGUACAUGAUGGUGCUGACGCGGCGAAGGGCAGUAAUAGUAUGGACAUCGAGGCGCGGAUCAUCGCUGCACACGAGAGUGCCGGCCAUCCAGGAAUCCGCCGGACGCUGUACUUCACGUGA